CUAUUAACAGACCUUAGUAAGUUACUUCAGUGUAAGAUGCUGAAAUCCUUGAGGAAAGUCUUAUCCCUUCGAUCGAACUACUGUAUGAAACAAAGGAGUGAACAUGGUGAAAACUCAGUAGCUUUGCCUGUGCAGUUGCCAAACUGCAACGAUUGUGACCACAUCGUUGUCGAGGAUAGAGAGAACAGUACUACUGCAGAAGACGCUCAUGUCGACUCUAAGCAUGACGCUAAUGCUGAUAGUUCUUUUGUUCAUGCUGUUAUCAACAUGGUGGGAAUGCUCAUAGGUUUGGGGCAAUUAUCAACCCCUUAUGCUGUUGAAAAAGGAGGUUGGGCAUCUGCAUUAUUGCUUAUAGGACUUGGGGUAAUAUGUGCUUAUACAUCUCACAUACUUGGAAAAUGUCUUGAAAAGAAUCCAAAGUUAACAAGUUAUGUGGAUAUUGGGAAUCAAGCAUUUGGAACAAAAGGAAGAUACCUAGUUGCAACAUUCAUCUACAUGGAAAUCUUCAUGGCACUUGUAUCCUACACCAUCUCAUUACAUGAUAACUUGAUCACAGUGUUUAUAGGGACUCAUCUGAAGAUGAAAUUUGCCACGUUAACAACGUCGCAAAUCCUAACCUUGGUGGCAAUCUUGAUUGCUUUGCCUAGUUUGUGGAUCAGAGAUAUGUCGUCUAUAUCUUUCCUUUCAACCGGUGGAAUUGUUAUGUCUCUUCUCAUUUUCGUGUGUGUAGCCGCCACUGCGAUUUUCGGAGGAGGUGAAGGUAGUAAUAAUCAUAGUAUACCUAUCUUCAAGCUACAUAAUAUUCCAUCAAUAUCUGGCCUUUAUGUCUUUGGUUUAGGAGGACAUAUUGUGUUCCCUGAUUUGUAUAAAUCCAUGAAAGACCCCUCCAAGUUCACCAAGGUUUCAAUUGUGAGCUUCACUAUUGUUACAUCAGUUUACACUUCAAUGGGAUUCAUGGGUGCAAAAAUGUAUGGAAAUGAUGUUCAGUCACAGAUAACUCUCAGCAUGCCACCAAAUCAAAUUAUAACAAAGAUUGCUCUAUGGGCAACAGUGUUGACACCAAUGACUAAAUAUGCACUUGAAUUUGCACCCUUUGCAAUUCAUCUUGAACACACACUUCCAAAUUCUUUGAAUGCCAGGACAAAAUUGGUAAUAAGGGGUUGUGUGGCUUCAUUUUUGCUAUUGAUCAUACUAGCCCUUGCUCUAUCAGUGCCAUAUUUUGAACAUGUACUUAGCCUCACUGGUUCACUAGUUAGUGUAGCCAUUUGUUUGGUUUUUCCAUGUGUUUUCUAUUUGAAGAUCUUUUGGGGUAACAUUACAAGGUUUCUCUUAGUCCUUAAUAUUUUUUUAGUCAUAUUUGGGUUUCUUCUUGGUGGGAUGGGUACCAUUUCCUCCACAAAGUUAAUACUUCAAAAACUUAUAUCACAUCAUUCAACUUGAGGAAUUUUUUGAUGAAUCAGCAUUCACCUAAAAUCUUGUAUUGCAAGAUUGGUCAGUAUCUUGCAAGAUUGGUCAGUAUCUCUAUGGCUGUGAUUCCAAUAAGAAUAGCAACUUUGGGUGCUCGAUGAUGUAAUGUAUUAUUUCUAUAUAUCUGUAUCUACUUUUAAAUAGAUAAGUUUUAGCUACUUGUUUUGGUGAUGUGUAGUUUUUUUUGUUAAGAGAACAUUCUCAAAUUCUAAAAAACUAUGGAUUUUGACAUCAUGUGAAAACAAAUUGGGAAGUCUUUUUUAUAUGAUUCUUCUGAACGAUAUAGAAUCUUAUGCAAGGAUUU